CAUGUCGAGAGGCCCGCCAGCUCGGCCCAUCCAGACCUCUUCUCUCCUUCCGAUCCGGCGGUGUCCUCCUCGUUCAGGCACGGCGGCUCCGGCAGCGGAUCCGGCCGGCCACCCCAAGCCGGGGAUCAAUCCACUCCAUAACCGCGCCGCCCUGCAUCCGUCGUCGACGGACACGCACGGGAGGGAAGGAAGGAUCUCGAGAGGGAGGACUCAGCACCGAGAGCAAUCCACGCGCCGGCGGCGAGAUGCACCCCUCCAAGGAGCAAUAGCGAGCUCGCGUGGCACAACCAGCUUGAACGGGCGGCCAUGUGAAUUUUCAGGUCAACGAGUCCUGAUCCAUGGCAAAGCAAGCCUAUGCAACGAGCAGCCUGGUGGUGGGCUACGGGCUGUGCUCCAGCUUGCUGGCCAUCAUCAACAAGUACGCCAUCACCAAGUUCAGCUACCCAGGCCUCCUGACCGCCCUGCAGUACUUGACAUCAGUGGUCGGUGUGUGGCUACUCGGAAAGCUUGGCUUCCUCUACCAUGAUCCCUUUAACUUCCAGACUGCCAAGAAGUUUGCACCGGCUGCAGUUGUCUUCUACCUUGCCAUCUUCACCAACACCCACCUCCUGAAGCACGCCAAUGUCGACACCUUCAUAGUGUUCAGAUCCCUGACACCGCUUCUGGUGGCUAUUGCUGACACCACAUUCCGGAAGCAGCCGCGUCCUUCCAAGCUCACAUUCAUGUCCUUGGUGAUUAUUCUGGGAGGCGCAGUUGGCUAUGUGAUGACAGAUUCGGCAUUCACCCUCACUGCAUACUCAUGGGCACUCGCUUAUCUGAUCACUAUUACUACUGAGAUGGUGUACAUCAAGCACAUGGUGACCAACUUGGGGCUGAAUACCUGGGGCUUUGUGCUCUACAACAAUCUGCUUUCGCUGCUAAUGGCACCGGUGUUUGGGCUUUUGACAGGGGAGCACUUGUCAGUCUUCAGAGCCAUUGAAUCAAGAGGACAGAGCUGGUUUGAGCUUGAUGCCUUUGUGGCAGUUUCAUUGUCCUGUGUGUUUGGUCUGCUCAUCAGCUUCUUUGGUUUCGCUGCAAGGAAGGCAAUCUCCGCCACAGCAUUCACAGUGACAGGGGUGGUCAACAAGUUCCUCACUGUCGCAAUCAAUGUGAUGAUUUGGGACAAGCAUGCAAGCGUGUUUGGUUUAGUUUGCUUACUCUUCACUCUCGCCGGUGGAGUGCUCUAUCAGCAGUCAGUUACAAUAAAAGGGAAUUCCCCAGCACAACGAGAGGUGGCAGCUAAGCAAGGUACAGAUGAUAAUGACACGGCCGGGUUGGAUGAGGAGAACCAAAGGCUGGUUUCAUCUCCAAAGGUUGUCUGAGCCUCUGAAGUAUAUGGCCCCUAAAGAUAUCAAGUUUUGUUCGUUUGUGUAAUAGGCAUUGUUUCUAAAGACUCGCCAUAGUCAUAUACUCUAGGAAAGUCAAGAGGUAGCAUUGUUGUUGUAGAAUGACUUCUGGCCUGCACUCGGUUACAUUUAUACUCUCUGGAACUGUAUACCAGAGUCACUAUGUACGUCCUUCCUGAAAUUUACAUAUUUUACCAGCGCUAUGAAGCUUCAUGGUUCUGGUAUGAUGAGAUUUUAUCAUUGCCUGAAUCUUA